AUGGAGACCUUCAAGGCCGGGUUGGUGAGCGCACUGGACAAGCUGACUCAGCACGAGCUGAAAAUGUUCAAGUUUUACCUGAGGAGGGACAAGGACAAGCUUCGAAUCACCCUGCAGGACGUAGACACGGCCUCCACGACCUCGGAGCUGGCCGAUCUGGUGUUGAAGUGUUAUGGCAUGUCCGAGACCCAGAAGUUCUUACUCUCGAUGUUCGAGCACUUAGAUCGUAUGGACUUGGCAGUCGAGUGGGAAAGGGUUUCGACAACAGCUUUGAAGAGACAGUAUGAAAAUUAUGGCGCUAAAAUGGAAUGCUAUAACAUGGACCAAACUAGAAAGGCUUUUGUGAUGUGUGUGAAGACAGGCAGACCAGGGGCUGAACAAGACAGAAGCACAAUAAGAAACUGGCUUGAAGAGUGCAGGUUUGAAUAUGUAUUAUGCAUCGAUCCUGACGAAAAGGAGUUAAUGAAGAAAUUAACAGAGUUUCGAGAUGGAAUAAAUGGAAUGAAAGAUGGUGUUAGCUGCUGCCUUGUUACUCUUAUGGCCCAUGGAGGAAAAGGCUUUAUAAAAACAGUAUUGGGUGAAAGAGUCAUCUUAUCAGACAUUUUUGAAAUGUUCAACAAUGAAAACUGUCCAGCACUUCAAGAGAAACCCAAAAUCUUUGUAAUCCAGGCUUGUAGAGGAGAUCGAAUAGAUGGUGGUGUUGUUCAAACAGAUAGUGAAGAAGUGGAACUGAAUGAAUCAGAGAAAAAGCGACUUCCCACAUUCAGUGAUUACUACAUCAUCUAUCCCACCCAAGAAGAUCAUGUUGCUUUACGCCACCCAAAACAUGGUGCUGUGAUGGUUCAAGCAAUAGAUGAAGUCUUUCGGCAAGGGGGCAAGAAGCUGCAUAUUGUGGACUUUUUUACUCAAGUGAACAACAGAGUGGUGAACACAGACUUUUACUUGGGUAAGAAUCCUGUAAAAGUAGUACUGGUCAUGGAGUCGACUCUCACCAAAGCUGUGUACUUUUGA